AUGGAAAGUAAUACCCCCGUACCAAGCCCACAAGAGAUCAUGGCGCCAGGCAACCGCAGAUUCCUCUCAUUUCCGACGGAAGUGCGCAUUCUCAUCUACAAGGCGACCUUUGCGUGGCCGUUCAAGCCAAUGCUCAAGGUCAAUAUCAUCGACCGUGACCAUCCGUUUGGCUACGUGUAUCCGAACCACGGCAAGCUUGAGCUGAUUAUACCUGCCGACUACAGCGUCGCUCAUGGCGGCAGAAAGACUCUUGACGGCUUGUCCAGCAUCCAGCUUCACCAACAAGGUAUCAAUAUUGUUGAAUUCUGCUUGUCGAACAAGACCAUAUAUGAGGAGAUGCAUAGUCUUCUCUCGGCGAGCUUCGGCCUGGACUUCCCAGACGCGGACGUUUUGUAUGGAAUUCAUUUGCUAAGGCCCACACUCCGAUCAACUGUCCGCGAGAUCAGAUUCAGCAGUUUCGAGUGGCUAGCUGUUGAAGACAUCGACGAGGAUGUCUUUGCGGACGCCCUCACAAGCUUUCCAGCCCUUGAGGCUCUCAGCCUUCCAAUGAAUUCAUGUAACGUGUCGCCAGAUCGUUACUGGAAUGGAUGGGUCAGAUUUGCGGAAGAGGCCAAGAGGACGAUCAAGACGGCCCUGAGCGUUGAGAAGCCCAAGUUCUCUAGAGGUUACCUUCGCCAAACCUUCCUUGGAAGAGCUGAUUGGGAUGAUGUCGACGAGUAUCAAGCCACGCUGGUAACGGCCAAUGUUCUUGACGAAGAUCUCGAUGCACUCGACGACUAUUGGAAAUACCUGCCGAAGUUCUCGGAAGUGCGUGCGAAGGAGAGACGUCUGCGCUACCCCAGCGAGGACGAGGACGAAGAGGAUGAAGAAGAUGAGGACGAAGAUGAAUCUGACGAUGAAUAUGACCCGGAUUGGAAGCGCGUAUGGAUCGAUAUCGAUCGCCUCACAGCGGAACCAUCGUCCUAUGUCAAUCAGAGAAGAUAA